GAGAGGCUGGAAGGGAGCAGGACUGGAGGGAAGGCGCGUGAGGAAGCGAUUUCACUCAUUCACAGCCGCCUUUUUACUUUUGGUCAAUGAACACUCGGAGUCUGAAUGUCCGAACUUCCCUGACAGAGCUUUACCUCUGAGAUAGUGGAACUUUUGGAACAGAGCCGGAGGAAUGUAUCGAACAGCGAACUGUCUUUGGGUCGUCCUGGUUCUGCCGUGCCUGCUGGACCUGAGCGCGUCUGAAUUUCCUCAAGACCCUAGCGUGCUCGCUGCCACGUCAUGGAACGCGACCAGUGGUGGACCCUUAUUCAUCCAUCUGGAUGCCGAGUUAAACAACAUCAGCACAUCACUGGGCCUCACCGCCGAGCUCUACUGCCGUGUGUCUGGUAACCCCGUGCCCACGUUCCGAUGGCUGAAGAACGACGCCCCUGUGGUGCAAGAGCCACGUCGGAUCUCCUACAGAUCCACACCGUAUGGUUCCCGUCUACGCAUACGCAAUCUGGACACUACGGACACGGGCUACUUCCAGUGUGUGGCCACCAACAGCCAGGGGAUGGUGUCUACCACUGGGGUACUAUAUGUCAAAUUUGAUCCCCUACCGACGCAAAUGACAGGUCGACCAACAGAUGACUUUGACGAGGAAGGCUUCUGUCAGCCGUACCGAGGCAUUGCCUGCGCCCGAUUCAUAGGGAAUCGCAGCAUUUUCGUCGGCUCACUACAAAUGCAGGGUGAGAUAGAGACGCAGAUCACAGCUGCCUUCACCAUGAUCGGUACCUCCAACCACUUGUCUGAUCGGUGUUCCCAGUUUGCCAUCCCUUCCCUCUGCCACUUCGCCUUCCCCACAUGCGACCGCAGCUCGGGGACAGACAAGCCCCGCGACCUGUGCAAAGACGAAUGUGAGAUACUGGAGAAUGACCUGUGCAAGACGGAAUACAUCAUCGCCCGCUCCAAUCCCAUCAUCCUGAAGAGGCUCAAGCUGCCCAAUUGCGACGACCUGGCACCGUCCCACAGCCCUGAGGCAGCAAACUGCCUGAGGAUAGGAAUUCCAAUGGCCGAGCCCAUCAACAAGAAUCACAAGUGUUUCAACAGCAGUGGAGCAGAUUACCGCGGAACCAUCAGCGCCACCAAGUCGGGUCGCCAGUGUCAGCCGUGGAACUCCCAGUAUCCCCACAGCCACACCUACCUGGCCGUGCGAUACCCUGAGCUGAACGGCGGUCACUCUUACUGUCGCAACCCCGGGAACAAACACGAGGCCCCCUGGUGCUUCACGCUGGACGAGGGCGUCCGCAUGGAGCUCUGCGACAUCCCUUUCUGUGACGACAAGGAGAAGUCCAGUGGCAGUAACAUGGAGAUCCUUUACAUCCUGGUGCCCAGCGUGGCCAUCCCCUUGGCCAUCGCUCUGCUCUUCUUCUUCAUCUGCGUUUGUCGCAACAACCAGAAGUCGGCCAGACCUCCGGCUCCUCGCCAACCCAAACCAGUGCGCGGGCAGAACGUGGAGAUGUCGAUGCUGACCACUGCUUACAAGCCAAAGAGUAAAGCCAAAGAGCUCCCUCUGUCUGCUGUGCGCUUCAUGGAGGAGUUGGGAGAGUGUGCUCUGGGGAAGAUCUACAAGGGUCAUCUGUACCUGCCGGGCAUGGACCAGGCUCAGCUGGUGGCCAUCAAGACUCUGAAGGACAUCUCCAGCGCACAGCAGUGGGGCGACUUCCAGCAGGAGGCGUCAGUGCUGACAGAGCUACAGCACCACAACGUGGUGUGUCUGUUGGGAGUGGUGACACAGGAGCAGCCCGUCUGCAUGCUCUUCGAGUUCCUGCCACAGGGAGACCUCCACGAGUUCCUCAUCAUGCGUUCGCCACACUCUGAUGUAGGCUGCAGCAGUGAUGAGGACGGAACUGUUAAGUCUAGUCUGGACCAUGGAGACUUCCUGCACAUGUCCACCCAGGUGGCUGCGGGGAUGGAGUACUUGUCCAGUCACUUCUACAUCCACAAAGACCUAGCUGCCCGGAACAUCCUGGUGGGCGAGCAGCUGCACGUGAAGAUCUCUGACCUGGGUCUGUCCCGGGAGAUCUACUCCUCCGACUACUACAUGUUCCAGCCCAAGACACUGCUGCCCAUCCGCUGGAUGCCGCCCGAGGCCAUCGCCUAUGGCAAGUUCACCACCGAGUCAGAUAUCUGGUCCUUCGGCGUGGUGCUGUGGGAGAUCUUCAGCUACGGCCUGCAGCCGUACUACGGCUUCUCCAACCAGGAGGUGAUGGAGAUGGUGAGGAAGCGGCAGCUGCUGCCAUGUCCAGAAGACUGUCCACCGCGCUUCUACGGUUUGAUGACGGAGUGCUGGCAGGAAGGACCAGCUCGUAGACCAAGAUUCAAGGACAUUCACGCCCGGCUGAGAGCAUGGGAGGGGCUGUCCAGUCACGCCAGCUCUAGCACUCCCUCUGGUGGUGGAGGCAACGCCACCACCCAGACCACGUCGCUGAGUGCCAGCCCUGUCAGCAAUCUCAGCAACCCUCGCUACGCCGCCACCACAGCCGGCUACCUUUACCCAGCCCAGGCCAUCCCCUCCCCGGGACAAAUGGCUCCCCUCCAGGCCUGGACCCCCAUGGCGAUGCCACAGACACACCAGCGCUACAUCCCUGUCAACGGGUAUCCCAUCCCACCCGGGUAUGCAGCUUUCCCUGCCCACUUUACAGCACCUGUGCCGCCCACAAGGGUGAUCCAGCAUCACCUACCUCCUCCCAAAAGCCGGUCACCCAGCAGUGCCAGUGGCUCCACCAGCACAGGUCACGUCAGUGGGGUCCCCUCCACCACAGGGUCCAACCAUGAUGCCAACACGCCGCUGCUGUCCCACUGCCUCAUGCCAGGUGGCGGUGGGCCAGCACCGCUGUAUGGACAUCUUUCCCAGAAGCUGGACCACUCGCAGACGUCAGCACUGCUGUCGGGCGAUUCUGAGGGCCGCAUGUACAGCGACACAGCCAUCACGGCAGACUUGUAGACCUUUGGGUCCAUGCCCACUGUGACAUGAACGCUCCUGGCGGGUUUCCAGUUCUAACCUUUGUGUAAAUAUGGUACAAUGUGCAGGAGGACAAACAUCGUUUGAGAAUGUCGUCCAGAGAAACGAGCAACCAGAAGACUCGCAGAAGGAAGAUGGUCUUCAGGCUCGCAGACAUUAAAGUCCCAAAAUAAAUAGUAGAGAUCAUUAUCGGGGUUUAGGUCUACAAAUGAAGUAGUUGCUUAUCAGUUAUACGCGCUACAAGAUAAGAUGCUACAGGUGAUUGAAUGAUACGGACUAAUUUAUUUAAAGUCAGCCUUCUGGUCACCAGUUGCUUUGGUACCAUUAUGCCUUGAAUAGACAGGAAGCAAGCAAAGACCAUAUAAAAUGAAAUACAUUUUGGAUUUUGAUGCUUAGGUCUGAAACUCCUUUCGUAACAUUUUUAAUAGAUUUUAUACCCAAUGUCUUCGGCUUGAAAAAAAACUAUAAAGGCGACGUUUGAGCCAGAUGAAAAACCGUUGCUCAAGGCAUGACACUAAAGGGCCACAGUGUGCUUGAAGUGAGAGCCAAGAACCUCAUUUCAUCGGAAUAUUUGUUUUUCUUCAUGAUGGUCUGUUUCUGACUCAUUUAUCCUCAGUUUUGCCCAUUUGUUUUGACCACAGUGCCUUCAAAAACCCCAGGGUAGUGUUUUAUUUGAUUUUUUUUUUCAUUUUAUUUCACUUUUAUUUUGGCAAUUUUUAUGUUUUAUUACCAUUCAUUUUACCACAAAGCCGUGAAUAGAUUAGCAGGCCAACUAUGUUUUUUGGUGACCUUCAAAACAGUGAAAAUGUUAGAAGUGAAUGUAGGAGAAAAAUGGAACAGCAGUUUUUGUCAAGAAGAAAAAAAAAACAAUACAGUAUCUCUGGUAAGGACUGGAAUGAGAUGGCUGCUUUUAAAUUGCAUCUCCGUCGUCAUCCUGAUGUAAUGAAUGUCAAGAGCGGCACUCAGUCCCUGUUUGGAGUCAUUUGUUUGUUCAUGUUAAGUUUAAAUGUUUUUUGUUCGAAUAAAAUUGAGCUACCUACGCGCCCAAGCUUGUGCACAUCCAGCUUGUAAAUGUUUUGCAUAAUAAAGCGGCGCAAAAACCACUUACACAACCGACUGUGAAGUUAAAUUAGGGCUUACACCGAUCUAACCAUUGUUUUAAAGACAGAAUUAAUGACUUACGGUUUAUGUGUGUCGGAAGGAAGAGAGUCCUUUUCUUUGUUU